GAUCGGAGAAGAAGAUAGAAGCAUUGAUCCAUGGCUGAUUGAACAUAGUUCAUCUCCGGAGGUUCGGAGUUUUUUUUUUUUUAAAGAUGGCAGUCUCUUUCCCUCGUCUUCCGAGGUGGUUGUGUGGUGGUGGUGGUGGUAACACUAAGAAAGAGUCAAAGGGAUCUCCUCCUUCACUGAAGAAGACUACUAAGACUGAAUCUUCUUCUUCAUCUACGGUGAAGAAGGUUAAGAGAGGAUGGAUUGGUAGAGGAGGAGAGGAGGAGAAGAUGGGGAAUGUUGUGUUCCCUGAACCAGAUGAUCCAGAGUGGUCUAUUGGUUGGGUUGAGCCACAUGGACCAGGGUUUAAAAGUGAGGAUGAUAGUGGUGGUGGGUUUGUGGUUCUUGUUCCUUGUUACAAGAAGGUUAUGGAUGGUUCAGGGAAUCAGAUUCUGAAUGGCUUCCUCUCUCCUAAUCCUGAUGGGAAGAAUAUGGAACAGUGGCUGUCUUCUAUAAGGAAGCUGUAAGGGACUUGGAGGAUUGGGAAAGAUUAAGACUAGUUCUCUCAUGUUUUUUUUAUUAUCAUAACUAAGAAUCAAAUAAUCAAGAAAAAAAACAAGAAAAAGAAAAAGUAAAAAAAAGGAGGAAGGAUAGAUAGCUUCUGGAGACUUCUCUAUUUCAAGUGAGUGACAACAAGUCAUCCUUCAAGAGUCUACAAAUGGACAAAGAAGAAGAUGGUGAUGGAGACUUGGCAACAUAAAAUGAAUGAAGAAUUGGUAUGCUAUGAAUAUGAUUUUGCCUAUUUGGAUAUUUUUAAUGUUGGGUGGGUGUUUUGAAGUGAAAGUGUUUUCUGCUUCUUCACUUCUGCGGUCGAGAUUAUUUGGUUCGGACAAAGAAAAAACAAUCCCUUUUUUCCUUUUGUUCUUUUGUGGUUGAAUGAUGAUGUGUAAUAAAUAAUAGCGUACAUGUACAUAACCUUCGGUUUCUAUCUUGAAUCACAUGUCAUGUGCUUACUUUCGA